ACAGACAGGGUGACCCGAGUCCCGGGCUGGCCGGGACAGCGGUGGGGCUCUGCAGAGACGCUCCGCUCCCAGCUUCUCUGCAGUGCAGUCAGUGUUGCAGUCUUCCACACGGCUUCUUAAAGUUUUUCCGAGUUUCGAAAUUAUUUUGAAGCUAGAGCCAUCAGAGUGCCGUGAGGAUCUCAACAUCUGCAUUCUCUUACUAUUGCUUGUAUUGAAGGCAGAGCAGCCAUAAACCUGUUUCAGAGAAAGGAAAAUCUACAUUGAAUCUUUAAGCACUAGGCUUUGGAGCUGGUUGGGUCAAGGAACAUUUGCAGUUAGUAAGAAGAGCCCAGCUGAUCAGAGCACUGGAUGGGGAUCUAUUUUCUGCUGUUAGUUGUAGGGCUUUGCUGGGGGCAGUACAACCCCAACACUGUCCCAAAGAGAACCUCUAUAGUGCAUCUCUUUGAAUGGCGCUGGCAGGACAUUGCUGAGGAGUGUGAACGCUACUUAGCUCCUAAUGGAUUUGGAGGAGUCCAGAUUUCACCUCCAAACGAAAAUGUUAUCAUUACUGACCCCCGGCAACCAUGGUGGGAAAGAUACCAGCCUGUCAGCUACAAGCUGUGCACAAGGUCUGGAAAUGAAACUGAAUUUAGAGACAUGGUGACCCGGUGCAACAAUGUUGGAGUGCACAUUUAUGUGGAUGCAGUAAUCAACCAUAUGUGUGGAGCCAAUGCUGGGGCUGGUGACCAUGCUACUUGUGGAAGCUAUUUCAAUGCAAAGACUGAAGAUUUCCCAGCUGUGCCCUAUUCUGGCUGGGACUUUAAUGAUCAUAAAUGUAAAUCUAGAAGUGGAAACAUUGAGGAUUAUCAUGAUAUAUCUCAGGUGCGGGACUGCCGCCUGGUCAGCCUGCUGGACCUGGCCCUGGACAGGGAGCACGUGCGCUCCAGCGUUGCCGCGUACCUGAACCGGCUCAUCGGCCUGGGCGUCGCGGGCUUCCGCAUCGACGCUGCCAAGCACAUGUGGCCUGCCGACGUCAAGGCCAUUUUGGACAAGCUGGAAGAUCUAAAUACUCAGUGGUUUCCUGCAGGAACUAAACCUUUCAUUUACCAAGAGGUGAUUGACUUGGGUGGAGAGCCCAUCAAAGGCAGCGAGUACUUUGGAAAUGGCCGAGUGACAGAAUUCAAGUACGGUGCCAAACUGGGGACAGUGAUCCGCAAGUGGGACGGAGAAAAGAUGGCCUACUUAAAGAACUGGGGAGAAGGCUGGGGCUUUGUACCUUCUGACAGAGCCCUGGUCUUUGUGGAUAAUCACGACAACCAGAGAGGACACGGGGCUGGUGGAGCUUCUAUUCUGACCUUCUGGGAUGCCAGGCUCUAUAAAAUGGCAGUUGGUUUCAUGCUUGCCCAUCCGUAUGGCGUCACGCGUGUCAUGUCAAGUUUUCGCUGGCCAAGAUAUUUUGAAAAUGGAAAGGACGUCAAUGACUGGUAUGGGCCCCCAAGUAACUCAGAUGGCUCCACAAAGUCCGUUACAAUCAAUCCAGACACGACCUGUGGCAACGACUGGGUUUGUGAACAUCGCUGGCGUCAGAUCAGGAACAUGGUUAUCUUCCGUAACGUGGUGGAUGGUGAGCCUUUCUCCAACUGGUGGGACAAUGGCAGCAAUCAAGUGGCUUUUGGCCGUGGUAAUAAAGGCUUCAUCAUCUUCAACAAUGAUGAUUGGUCCUUGAAUGUAUCUCUGCAAACUGGUCUGCCUGCUGGCACUUACUGUGAUAUCAUUUCUGGGCAAAAGGAAGGUGACUUGUGUACAGCAGUUGAAGUUCAUGUUGCUGCUGAUGGCAUGGCUAAUUUCCUAAUUGGGAAUGAAGACCAAGACCCAUUUAUUGCCAUUCACGUUGAUGCUAAAUUGUAACCAGCUGUGUUGUGCAUUUGCUAUUCCUUCUCCUCUGUAUCUUUGUUAUCAGCAAACAGAUGUGCAGAAUGUCCUGGCUCUCAGGACUGCAUGAACUGAGACAGAGCAAAGUGUGUUAGCUGUAAUACUGAUGAAAUAGUGAGCAGAGAUGAGAACUGGUAGUGCCAUGCACAUCUGGGAGUGAUGCUAUACAUCUGUGUACAUUUGUAAGUGUACUUUAUUCAGUUAAGGUACUAAUAAAAAAUGGAAGGAGAA